AGGGAUAGCGGAUGUGUCGCGCGAGGACGAGAUAAUACGGCAAGAGCACACCAUCAGAGGUCGGAGGGUGACCGUCCGUCGCCACCAAGACCAGAACGAGCGGCAGCAGCAGGGCGGCCGGGACGACGGCAGCACGAAGGUGUUUGUCGGCCGCUUGGACGACACGAUAACGUCUGACGACCUGCGGGAGAAGUUCACCCAGCGUUUCGGCAAGGUGGCCGAGGUCUUCAUGGCGUCCGGGAAGAAGUUCGGGUUCGUCACCUUCGACUCCAGCCGCUCGGCCAGCGCGGCCAUGAGCGCGGGGAUGUGCGACGUGAACGGCGUUCAGGUGGUCGUCAAGUCCGCGGCCCCCAUGAAGUCGGACGGCGACGACCACAAGGGGGGCAGCCGCCGGGACGACCGCCGGGACAGGCGGGACGACCGCGACCGCGACAGGCGGCGGGACGACCCUUACGGCUAUCCGCCUCCGUCUGGAUACGGAUACCCGCCGCCCGGCGGGUACGGGUACGGCGAGCCGCCGCCGCCUGGCUACGGCUACCCGCCGCCAGGGUACCCGCCGCCCAGUGGGUACGGCUACCCGCCUCCAGGGUACCCGCCGCCUGGUGGGUACGGCUACCCGCCGCCGGAGUCCAGCUCAAGCUAUCCAGGCUACCCGCCGCCCAGCGGCUACGGCUACCCGCCCCCCAGCGGGUACGGCUAUCCACCGCCGAGCAGCAGCGGUAGCAGCGGCUACCCGCCGCCCGGCGGCGACCGGGGCCCGCCGCCGGGGAGCAGCGCCGGCUACGGGCCGCCGCCCGGCGGCGGUUACCCUCCUCCGCAGGGCGGGGGCGGCGCCUACCCCCCCCCGAGCGGUGGCGGCGGCGCCUACGCGAGCGGCGCCGGCGGCGCCUAUGCGAGCAGCACAGGCUACUCGCAGCCGCCGCUGGGCGGCGGCUAUGGGCCGCCGCCGGGCGGCGCGUACGGGCCGCCGCCGGGCGGCGGGUACGGGCCGCCACCGGCGAGUGGAUACGGGCCCGCGCCCGGCGGCCCGCCGCCCAACGACGGGCGGGCGCACCCGUACUGAGGCCCAGCCGCGCGAGCGCCCGCGGGCCACGGCGCCCGCGGCCCAU